GUCGCCCAUAGCCUUGGGGCUCGCCCCUUUCAACCGCCUUUUCUCUCCAACGUCUUGGACCUACUGCAUACGCUUGAGAUCUCUAUACAUCCUUGAUUCUUUUCGAGUUCGCUAUGAGAUUAAGCGCGACGAACAAUCUCCCCCUAUUAUCGCGUGCCAGAUAGCAGCCGCCUCCUACUUGACAUCUUCCAAGCAAUCCCGUUUCUGAUCAUUAGAAUCCGCUACCAUGCCGCCGUAUACCCCCCGGGCGCAGACGGCGCUCUUGAAAGCUGCCAACAAUCUCUUCCGCCUCGAUCGAACAGCGGAAACUCUUGAAGAACUUAGCAAUGGUAUUAUUUUGGGAAAGAUUUUACACGAACUCGACUCGGAAUUCGACCCGUCGCAUUUGGAAUCGUCAUCUGCGACGUCAAAAUAUCUGACAAACAAGCGCAACAUCCAGACCGUUUACAAGGGCCUUUUUCGGUUCAUCCGUCGCCAGAUUCCGGAACUGAGCUGCCAAGCUAAAAAGUUUGACUACCAUGCUGUUGCUGAAAAUCCAGAGCCCCAGGGCCUCAGCCAGCUAUUGGCUGUCAUGGUUGCCGUUGCUGCGAUGGGCCCCGACAAUAAUAAAUAUGUUCCUCUAAUCCAGGACAGUCUUGACAAAGUCACACAGGCUGAAAUUAUGCAGAUCCUCCGGUCGAUGCAGAUUGAUGCUGCCAACUCGAAAGAUGACGAUAGCUUGGACGAGGCCAUUGAUGAUAUCAUGGAGGCUCGAGACAUUGACUUGCUCGUAGAGGAACAAAAUGUUGCACUUCGGCAGCAGUUAGAGCAAACAAAAAAGACGCUCUCAGACUACAUCACUCGACUGGAACAUCUCCAAAUAAACCACGAAGAGCUGAAGUACGAAAAAGAUAAGAACGAUCGGGAGCUUGAAGUCCUGCGCAAGGCCACAAAGGAUGGAGCGAACAGCGCCGAGGCGAUUCGCCUGCUUGAGGAUCAAGUCCAUGAGCAGAUGGAGAUCAUCGCCAAAAACGAAGAAACCAUCCGCAAUCAUGACAAAGUCCGAGCACAACUUGAGAGCGAAGUGCAGAAGUUGACCCAAAAGAGCAAAUACGCAGACGAGCUGCGAGACCAGGCUACAGAAUGGCGACACAAAGCCGAAGAGCUGGAAAAGAAGGCCAAUACAGCAGAAAGAUAUAAACAGAAGCUUGAAUCACAGCAACACCUGGUCAAAGAAGUUCAAAAUUUACAAUACGAAAAGACAGAACUCCAAGAACAGCUACGAUCGCUCGUAGAUGACCAUGAGCGAAGCGGUCGUGCGAGAAAAGCAGAAGAUGAGCUAACCAAAAUGCUUGGCCAGUCCGAGCAGCAUUUAUGGGACGAGCGUAAUCAAAAGACACAGCUUCUCAAAGACAUCACGACUCUCGAAGAAGAACUGCUACGACUACGUGCACAGCGAACACACGAUGAGCACUUUAUUCAAGAUUUACAGGAGCAAUUGCAACACGGCGGCGGCGGUGGUACAGCGGAAGACUCAGUACAAGCUUCAGCGGCGUUUUCUCUCGAGGAUGAGUUAAAUAAUGCUUCUGGUAGCGGUGAGGCCCCAGCGUCUCAGCAGCCUAAUCUUCCACUGGAACUUUCUCGCUUAAAGGCCGAAAACGAUUUGCUCCGAAGCACAGUUGGGUCAACUGGCGAUGCCGUCUCCCUCCGGCGUGAGCUUGAAGAACAGAAGAAAGAGAAUGAGCGUUUGCAGCAGAGCUUCAACGAUAUCUUUGAAAAGCACACUAUCGUUCAAGAUCAAAUCGAGUCGCUGAUGAAGAGCUCAACAGACGAAUCUUCUCAAACUUUUAUUCGCGUUCGUUCUGAGCUCACCAAAACUCAACAAGAAUACGAAAAGCUCAAGGCAAAGGCCACUGAAUUACAAUCAAAGCUCACUGAUAGGGAUCGCGAGUUGAUGUCGGCGAAGACGGAGUUGUCAGCCGUAGAAAAAGACGGCAUUACAGCGCUGAACGAACUCAAGAGCACAGAUAUGCUCAUAUCGGAAUCGCUAAAGGCUGAGCUAGAUCGUGUCAGGGAAGAGACCAAGGUUGCCACUACGGAGCGGGAGGCUCAGAAGACCCAGCUCAUCGAGGCAUUGCUCGCAAAAGACAAGCUCCGAAAAGAUAUGGAGGAGCUGAAGGAGAUUCAAGAAACGGCGGCCAUCACAGCGGCAAACCAAGAUGCCUCAGAAGCAACCAAAAAGGCAAACGAGAAGAUUGAGAAGUUACGAGAUCGACUUAUCGAGAGGAAACAGCAACUGGAACAAGCGGAGCAGGAUAAAAUCGACCUGCAGAAGCUCCUCAAAGCAGCCCAAGGGGGUGAAGCGUCGGCAGCGCAAAAAGCUGCAAGCGACCAAAUCAUCCGCAAUCUCGAGCGGGAGAAUGCCCUCAUGGCUACGGCUUGGUAUGAUCUCACCAGCCGCAUACAAAGCAACCACAUCGUCCUGCAACGCCGGCCUGAUGCGCCCAAGAGCUGGUUGAACAAACAGAGGCAGAUGGUCAACGGUCAGUUGCGACAGCGCGACUCUCUCUACCUCUACUGACCUUCCUGUCCCAGCUACCCCUCGAAAGUGAUCACAGAUGGUGGCCUAUAUGCACGCAUACUUGACAUGGCCACACUUGUCGCUUCGGCUUUCUUGGCGGACAAGAGCCUCUCACACCGAGACGUCAUGCACUGGAUGCAUAGUCCGCUCAUAGAAAGAACUUUUACUGCUUCCAAGCUGUUGCCGAUAGAGACAGAUUGGACAGUCACACUCCUUUUAUACCGACUCCUUAAUUUGCCAUAGAUAUCCUCUACCAAAUACAGACUUGUUCUUUACUACAUGUAGCGCAGAUCGCCCUCCGUCAGGAUGCCUGAUAAUUUCACGUUAUGACCUGUUAGGUCGAUAUAGUUCUUUGUAUAUAGGUUUAAGAAUUUAAAUUGCAAGUAUGAGAUACAAUCAUGCUAGUUACAUUUAUAAUUCUUGAUGGCAAGGGCAGAAGUGCCACAUUACUUUCCGCAUUGUAGCCCUGUUUGCUCCGUCCUUGCUCACUCAUCAAUUAACACUACACGGGAGAGCCCGAGGCCGGAUCUCUCCCAAUAAUCCGUCGCUCUAUGCCAAAACAGAACUUUUUUUUUUAACUUCUAGCUGCGGCUGGCAACGGGUUUCUUUUAGAACGCCUCCCCCAAAGCACCCAGGCUUUAGUUCUUGCCCUCGAUGAUGUUGAGCAUGUGCUUCCAGACCUGACCAGGCUGUUGGCUGGCGUCAAUACCCUUCCAGAGACCGGUCUUCUGGUAGUAGCCAACGACGGGGCUAGUUUGCUUGUGGUAGGUAACCAGGCGCUUCUUGAGGGCCUCAGCGUUGUCAUCGCUGCGCUGGAUAAGAGGCUCGCCGGUGACAUCGUCGGUCAUGGGCUUCUUAGGGGGGUUGAAUGUUGUGUGGUAGGAUCGGCCCGAGGCAGGGUGGACGAGACGGCCGGUAAUACGCUCAACAAGGAGAGCGUCAUCGAUUUGCAACUCAACGACGUGCUGGAGAGUCUGCUUGCGCUCCUUGAGCAUGGCAUCGAGGCCUUCGGCUUGGGGAACGGUUCGGGGGAAGCCAUCAAGGAUGAAACUGUGGGAAAAGAAGGUUAGCGAAACCGCUCGUGUGCGGUAAUCACGAGGGGGUAUUACUUACCCGCCCUGGCACUCCUUGUUGGUCUCAAGUUCAGCCUUGAUCAUGCCAAUGACAAUCUCAUCGCUGACAAGGCCGCCCUGGUCCAUGAUCUUCUUGGCCUCGCGACCGAGGUCAGUCUUCUUGGCAAUCUGAGAGCGCAGCAUGUCACCCGUAGCCUAGAGAAGCCAGUGGUUAGUAUGGGAUUGGGCAGCAAUUGAGACGGUUUCAAAUAGGGAAACAUACAAGGUGGCAGCAGGAGAAGCGCUCCUUGAUCUUGGGGGCCUGGGUGCCCUUGCCUGUAGGACAAGCGGGUUAGCAAAGACGGCUUCGGGGGUAUUUGGAGAUGUCGGUCGGCGGUUACCAGCUCCGGGAGGACCAAUGAGGAUCAUGCGGAUCUCAUCAGUAGUGACGGGGCCUGCGGCACCAGUAGCACGGUGCUCGAGCUGCUUGACACGGGCAUCGAGGCUGCUGAUGACAGACUUCAGCUGCUUGAGCUCAUCUUCAACGAAACCCAUCUUGACGGUUGAGGUGAUUUAGAUAUCAGGGACAGGCCAAUUGGAGGCAAUUGAUCUGUGGCGGAGGAAUCGGUUGGCUGUAUGGACGAAGAGCCGAAGGAGGAAGUCGCGCGAGGCUUGGGGACGAGGGAAGAAAAAAAAAAUUAGAAAAUUGAAGUCGGUCGGGAGAUCAAGAUAUUGUCGCGUUGACGGCGAGCAGAAAAGCACGGGAUUACGG